CACGUGACGCGGUUGCCAAGCGACGGCGACGCCGAGUCAAAAGAGUUUUUUUUUUAAUUUCGCAGCGAGAAUCUUUUACUCUCUUAACAACAACGGCAAUAAUUAUUGUUACUUACAAUCAUAACAACAGCAAUCAAAUACAACUUGGAAUGGCAGCCAAAAAGAAGGAAAUACAACUGCAGGUGCUCAUCUCCAACCAGGAACAGUGGGAUGAGUUGAUGGCAUUGAGAGGAUUAAUAGUGACAGACGUGUACCCAGCAUGGUGUGGACCCUGCAAAGCUGUGAUGAGUCUGUUCCGGAAAAUAAAAAAUGAGCUGGGAGAUGACUUACUGCACUUCGCAGCGGCAGAAGCUGACAGUGUGGAGGCAUUCGACAAGUACAGGGGGAAAUGUGAGCCAACCUUCCUCUUUCAUGCUGGCGGGGAGCUCGUGGAUGUAGUGCGUGGCGCCAAUGCUCCCGUUCUACAGCGGAAAAUCCUGGCACAGCUGCAGGCUGAAAAGCGAGUUCUGGAGGAAGGAGGCGAGCGCCUGGUGGUGCAAGACACUGCCCUGCAGAGCAUGGAGGACAAUGACUGGGAUAUAAAGACCUCUCGGGGACAGCAAGAUCAAGAAGAGGAAGAAGGGGAAGAGGCUCUCACGAGCCACCCAUACACUGUGGCCCUCAUCAAGCCAGACGUGGUCGCUAAGGGGAAAGUGGAGGAAAUCAUCAUGAAGGUGCAAGAAGCUGGGUUUGAGAUUGUGGCUCAUGAAGAGAGGACACUGCUGCCCGAGGAAGCACGUGACUUCUACCAGCAUCGCUCAGGAGAGCCCAACUUUGCAGAGCUGGUGCAAUUCAUGUCCAGUGGCCCGUGCCACGUGUUGAUGCUGUCUCGGCCCGACGGGGCCACUGACGUCAUUCCCGCAUGGAGAGAGCUCAUCGGCCCCACGGACCUGGAGGUGGCAAAGGCUGAGAAACCAGAUUGCUUGCGGGCGCAGUACGGCACGGACACCACGCUCAACGCGUUGCACGGCAGCAGCAGCCAGGAACAGGCGAGCCGCGAGCUGGCCUUCUUCUUCCCAAAUCUCCGAGGCGCUUUGGGCGAGCGGGCAGAGCCUGAAGAUGGACGGUGCUCAUGGGUGGACAGGGCAGCCCCAGGAACACCACGUGGUGACAGCCGCCAGGGCAGCAGGGUGGAGAGGACUCUCGCACUCAUCCGCCCAGACCUGCUUAAGGAGAAGAAAGACACAGUGUUGGGAGCGAUCAAAGAAGCUGGUUUCCACAUCGCAAUGCAGAAGGAGGUGAUACUGACUGAGGAGCAGGCGAGAGAAUUUUACCGAGAGCACGAGGGGCAGGACUACUUCGGCACACUCGUCAAACACAUGACCAGCGGGCCAGUGCUAGCUCUGGCCCUCGCAAGGAAGGAUGCUGUACAGGGCUGGAGGGACAUGUUGGGGCCCAAGGACUUGCAGGUGGCCAAGGAAGCAGCUCCCCAGAGCCUCCGUGCACAGUUCGUCUCAGACGCCGCUCCCAUCAACCAGCUGCAUGGCAGUGCGUCGCCCACCGAGGCGAAGAAGGAGCUGGAUUUCUUCUUCCCCAAACAGCAAACGCUGGCCGUCAUCAAGCCGGAUGUGUUGCCACAGCACAAGGAGGAGAUCAUGAGCACGAUACGCGACGCUGGCUUCACUGUGUCCAUGAUGCGCGAGGUGGAGCUGUCGCAAGAGUUGGCCUCCGAGUUUUACCACGAGCACCGAGACAAGGCUUUCUUCCCCCAGCUCGUUGAUCUUAUGUCACGGGGGCCUUCCCUGAUGCUGGUGCUCAACCGUGAGGAUGCCGUGGAGGAAUGGAGGCGACUCAUGGGGCCAGCCGACCCGGACGUGGCACGCAAGACGGCACCCGAGUCUCUGCGCGCACGCUUUGCUCGCAGCUUGCUAGAGAACGCACUGCAUGGUGCCUCCAACCUGCACCAUGCCCAAGAGAACAUCCACUUACUGUUCGGUGACAUCAGCUUCUCCCCAGAUGGCACUGUUCUAGGAAUGGAACCGGACCUGGAUAAAGUGGAGCCGCCAGAAUACAGAGACGAUACAGAGGAGGACAGCACAGAGAAGCAAGAUGGCGAGAGAGCCAUUGAGAAGGAUGCAGUAGACGGACACACACAUGAUAAUGCUGAGGACAUAACACAAGAGGAAAAUAAGGUGUAUGGAGAAAACGAAAGGGAGGAGGCUCUAAAGAAGGAUGGAGAAGAGAAGGAAAGGGCUAUUUCAAGGGAAGGUAAUGAGAGCAUUCGCAGUGGAGAUGAUAGUGGCAGGGAUGGGGAAUCAGAGUUAAAGAGAGUGGGCACAGGCAACAGAAAAGAUGAUAAAGAUAUGAAUGCUGAAGAGGGCAGAGUGGGUGAUGCAGAUGGUGACGAAGACAAGAAUGAAGAGCAAAAGCAACCGCACACAGAGUCCUCAGCAGAGCCACCCACAGGCAAUGGAGAGGAGCCAGAAACGGCAUCCCAGGGUGGACCAUAGGAAGGCUUCAAAGCACAGCAGGAUUCCAGAGCAGCAAGACAUCAAGCUUUACCUUGGCGACGGCCAUCUCAAAGUCUUCCUGCGUGACGUGCACGCGGCGCUCCCUCAGUGCAUACAUCCCCGCCUCCGUACACACACCCUUCACACGAAAGCACGCAAAAAAUAAACUUCCAUACAAACGUUUGAAUUCCACCAUCAACCGAUGUUGCAGGGCAUUGCCACAGUGCUCUUGGCUUUAAUUUGAAUUAUAGAUUAAGAAAAUUAUAUAGAGUACAAAGCAAUGUGGAUUUAAACAGAAGCUAUAUAUCUGACAGUAUCUGAAAACACAACCAAGGUAGGGAAUAUGGAUAUUGGAUGUACAUGGGAAAAACUAUUUAUUGGAGGCUACAAGGCAAAGGGAGGUAAUAUAUGGUGAUUGAUUGCACUUCCUCGGGAGAAAACCAAGGUCUUUAGCCUAGAUUUUAACAGAAAAGGGUUGUCAUUGUCAAUGGUUAUGAAAAGGAAAUUCUAGACAAUGGGUAUAACCUUUGAAAAAGAACCCCCCAUUUUAUACAAGUUGAUUUGUGAUUUCAACAGGAGGCCUUAAAUGCUGCAGUUAAGAUCAAGUACAAAGCAGUAGGACAUUAAGUGAUGAAAAGGUGGGCGAAUCCACAUGGAGGAUCUUGGAGACAGCCAAAACACCUGUCGUUGAACCGAGAUUGUAUAGGGAGCCAGUGGAAGGAUCUGAAAUAUUGUGGUGACGUAGUCUCGUUAAUGUCAGCAUGUAUAUGCAAGUGGAUACUUACUUUGACCUCGGCACCAGAAGCUCCAGGCAUGAGCUCUGCGAUUUUGCGCAGGUUAAUGCCGCGUGUCAGGUUCAUCUUGCGGGAGUGAAUCUUGAGGAUGUCAAGACGGGCCUGGUGGAGUCAAAGGACAAAAGGCCAUUCACACAUUAGUGGCAGCCCACACCUCGGAGCUAAAUGUAUUUCAUGAUUUUUUACAGUAAAACUUCUCAAAGUCAGAAUGACAAAAACACUUGGCAAACAUAAAAUAAAAACAUUACAUCUGGAACACUGCUGUUGCACUAAUAAAGCUGUCUGUGGAAGAG